AUGGCAGACUCGAAGGUGAAGGACAUGGGCCUGGCCGAGUUCGGCCGUAAGGAGCUCACUCUGGCAGAGCAUGAGAUGCCUGGCCUGAUGGCGGCACGCAAGGAGUUCGGCCCCUCGCAGCCUUUCAAGGGCAUGAACAUCAACGGCUCCCUGCACAUGACCAUCCAGACCGGCGUUCUGAUCGAGACGCUGGCUGCCCUGGGUGCCAAGGUGCGUUGGUGCUCGUGCAACAUCUUCAGCACGCAGGACCACGCAGCGGCUGCCAUCGCCAAGGCAGGCACUUCCACGGUCUUCGCGUGGAAGGGCGAGACGCUGCCCGAGUACUGGUGGUGCACGGAGCAGAUGAUGACCGUGCCGGGAGCUGAUGGCUGCGACCAGCUGGUGGAUGACGGCGGCGAUGCCACUCUGCUGAUCCACAAGGGCAAGGAGUUCGAGGAGAAGUUCGCCAAGGACGGCAGCCUGCCAGAUCCUUCCAGCACGACCAACGCCGAGUUCAAGUGCAUCUUGCAGUUGCUCAGGGACUCGAUCCAGGUGGACAAGACCAAGUACACCCGCAUGGCGGCCAAGUGCAAGGGUGUCAGCGAGGAGACGUUGCGGGUCUUGGGUGCUGGGUGUCAGGAUUUCGGAGCGAUUUGUGAAAGUGCGAAGGAGACCACCACCGGUGUCCACCGCCUGCGCGAAAUGGCGGCCAAGGGCGAGCUGCUCUUCCCGGCCAUCAACGUCAACGACUGCGUUACCAAGAGCAAGUUCGACAACGUGUACGGCUGCCGCCACUCCCUGCCGGACAGCAUCAUGCGCGCCACGGACGUGAUGAUCGGUGGCAAGCGUGCCCUCGUGGCCGGCUACGGCGAUGUCGGCAAGGGCUGCGCCUUCGCCAUGCGCGGAGCCGGCGCACGGGUGCUGAUCACCGAGAUCGACCCCAUCUGCGCGCUGCAGGCGUGCAUGGAGGGCUUCCAGGUCGUGACCCUUGAGGAGUGCGUAGGUGAGGUGGACAUCUUCACCUCCGCCACUGGCAACUUCAAGAUCAUCACCCUGGAGCACAUGAAGAAGAUGAAGAACAACGCCAUCGUGUGCAACAUCGGCCACUUCGACAACGAGAUCGCCAUGGAGGAUCUGGAGAAGUGCCCUGGCAUCAAGGUGGAGAACAUCAAGCCGCAGGUGGAUCGCUUCGUCUUCCCGGAUGGCCACGGCGUGAUCGUGCUGGCCUCCGGCCGCCUUGUGAACCUUGGCUGUGCCACGGGCCACCCUUCCUUCGUGAUGUCUUGCUCUUUCACCAACCAGGUGCUGGCCCAGUUGGACAUCCUGGAGAACUGCACCAAGGCUAAGAACUACAAGAACGAUGUGUACCUGCUGCCCAAGAAGCUGGAUGAGAAGGUGGCCGCACUCCACCUGCCGUCCCUGGGUGCCAGCAUGACGAAGCUGAGCAAGGAGCAGUCCGACUACAUCGGCGUGCCUGUUGAGGGGCCUUUCAAGCCGGUGAAGGACAUGGGCCUGGCAGAGUUCGGCCGUAAGGAGCUCACUCUGGCAGAGCAUGAGAUGCCUGGCCUGAUGGCGGCACGCAAGGAGUUCGGCCCCUCGCAGCCUUUCAAGGGCAUGAACAUCAACGGCUCCCUGCACAUGACCAUCCAGACCGGCGUUCUGAUCGAGACGCUGGCUGCCCUGGGUGCCAAGGUGCGUUGGUGCUCGUGCAACAUCUUCAGCACGCAGGACCACGCAGCGGCUGCCAUUGCCAAGGCAGGCACUUCCACGGUCUUCGCGUGGAAGGGCGAGACGCUGCCCGAGUACUGGUGGUGCACGGAGCAGAUGAUGACCGUGCCGGGAGCUGAUGGCUGCGACCAGCUGGUGGAUGACGGCGGCGAUGCCACUCUGCUGAUCCACAAGGGCAAGGAGUUCGAGGAGAAGUUCGCCAAGGACGGCAGCCUGCCAGAUCCUUCCAGCACGACCAACGCCGAGUUCAAGUGCAUCUUGCAGUUGCUCAGGGACUCGAUCCAGGUGGACAAGACCAAGUACACCCGCAUGGCGGCCAAGUGCAAGGGUGUCAGCGAGGAGACGUUGCGGGUCUUGGGUGCGGGGUGUCAGGAUUUCGGAGCGAUUUGUGAAAGUGCGAAGGUUUGCGUGAGGCUUCGGGGUUUUCAUCAUUUUGGCGUGUUGGCUCUGAGCGGGUAUGGUGCCAACCAGCAGGAGACCACCACCGGUGUCCACCGCCUGCGCGAAAUGGCGGCCAAGGGCGAGCUGCUCUUCCCGGCCAUCAACGUCAACGACUGCCGGUUCUUUUUGUUGUGUGAUUGUGACUGCGUUACCAAGAGCAAGUUCGACAACGUGUACGGCUGCCGCCACUCCCUGCCGGACAGCAUCAUGCGCGCCACGGACGUGAUGAUCGGCGGCAAGCGUGCCCUCGUGGCCGGCUACGGCGAUGUGGGCAAGGGCUGCGCCUUCGCCAUGCGCGGAGCCGGCGCACGGGUGCUGAUCACCGAGAUCGACCCCAUCUGCGCAUUGCAGGCGUGCAUGGAGGGCUUCCAGGUCGUGACCCUUGAGGAGUGCGUGGGUGAGGUGGACAUCUUCACCUCCGCCACUGGCAACUUCAAGAUCAUCACCCUGGAGCACAUGAAGAAGAUGAAGAACAACGCCAUCGUGUGCAACAUCGGCCACUUCGACAACGAGAUCGCCAUGGAGGAUCUGGAGAAGUGCCCUGGCAUCAAGGUGGAGAACAUCAAGCCGCAGGUGGAUCGCUUCGUCUUCCCGGAUGGCCACGGCGUGAUCGUGCUGGCCUCCGGCCGCCUUGUGAACCUUGGCUGUGCCACCGGCCACCCUUCCUUCGUGAUGUCUUGCUCUUUCACCAACCAGGUGCUGGCCCAGUUGGACAUCCUGGAGAACUGCACCAAGGCUAAGAACUACAAGAACGAUGUGUACCUGCUGCCCAAGAAGCUGGAUGAGAAGGUGGCCGCACUCCACCUGCCGUCCCUGGGUGCCAGCAUGACGAAGCUGAGCAAGGAGCAGGCCGACUACAUCGGCGUGCCUGUUGAGGGGCCUUUCAAGCCGGGCAUGAACAUCAACGGCUCCCUGCACAUGACCAUCCAGACCGGCGUUCUGAUCGAGACGCUGGCUGCCCUGGGUGCCAAGGUGCGUUGGUGCUCGUGCAACAUCUUCAGCACGCAGGACCACGCAGCGGCUGCCAUCGCCAAGGCAGGCACUUCCACGGUCUUCGCGUGGAAGGGCGAGACGCUGCCCGAGUACUGGUGGUGCACGGAGCAGAUGAUGACCGUGCCGGGAGCUGAUGGCUGCGACCAGCUGGUGGAUGACGGCGGCGAUGCCACUCUGCUGAUCCACAAGGGCAAGGAGUUCGAGGAGAAGUUCGCCAAGGACGGCAGCCUGCCAGAUCCUUCCAGCACGACCAACGCCGAGUUCAAGUGCAUCUUGCAGUUGCUCAGGGACUCGAUCCAGGUGGACAAGACCAAGUACACCCGCAUGGCGGCCAAGUGCAAGGGUGUCAGCGAGGAGACCACCACCGGUGUCCACCGCCUGCGCGAAAUGGCGGCCAAGGGCGAGCUGCUCUUCCCGGCCAUCAACGUCAACGACUGCGUUACCAAGAGCAAGUUCGACAACGUGUACGGCUGCCGCCACUCCCUGCCGGACAGCAUCAUGCGCGCCACGGACGUGAUGAUCGGCGGCAAGCGUGCCCUCGUGGCCGGCUACGGCGAUGUGGGCAAGGGCUGCGCCUUCGCCAUGCGCGGAGCCGGCGCACGGGUGCUGAUCACCGAGAUCGACCCCAUCUGCGCGCUGCAGGCGUGCAUGGAGGGCUUCCAGGUCGUGACCCUUGAGGAGUGCGUGGGUGAGGUGGACAUCUUCACCUCCGCCACUGGCAACUUCAAGAUCAUCACCCUGGAGCACAUGAAGAAGAUGAAGAACAACGCCAUCGUGUGCAACAUCGGCCACUUCGACAACGAGAUCGCCAUGGAGGAUCUGGAGAAGUGCCCUGGCAUCAAGGUGGAGAACAUCAAGCCGCAGGUGGAUCGCUUCGUCUUCCCGGAUGGCCACGGCGUGAUCGUGCUGGCCUCCGGCCGCCUUGUGAACCUUGGCUGUGCCACCGGCCACCCUUCCUUCGUGAUGUCUUGCUCUUUCACCAACCAGGUGCUGGCCCAGUUGGACAUCCUGGAGAACUGCACCAAGGCUAAGAACUACAAGAACGAUGUGUACCUGCUGCCCAAGAAGCUGGAUGAGAAGGUGGCCGCACUCCACCUGCCGUCCCUGGGUGCCAGCAUGACGAAGCUGAGCAAGGAGCAGGCCGACUACAUCGGCGUGCCUGUUGAGGGGCCUUUCAAGCCGGACACGUACCGCUACUAA